GUAAAAGGGGGAGGGUGUGGAUCAGCUGAGGCAGCCUGCAUAUAAAACCGAUCAGCCCCAAACUUCAGGCGCAUCUGCUGCUGAGCCAACGCGCGUUUUUGUGUUGCCGUCCGUGGGAGUUUGCUGUCAAGUGUCAAAAGAACCACUUUCAACAUGGAUAUAAUCGUCACUAUGCUGAAUGGGACUUCCCACACGCUGAGCGUGCAGCCAAAAGACACAGUCGGCUCUCUGAAGACGGUCAUCCACGAGAAGCUGGGAGUCCCCCCUCGGAGGCAGAGGCUGGUCUUCGUCAACGGCCAGAGGACCGAUCUCAGCGACGACUUGCAGUCGGUCGAGGACUGCGGCCUAGAGUCCGGCUCCCGGCUGUCUCUGCUGGUGACCGAACCGAGCCCGCCGGCCACCAUCGAGGUGUCGCUGUUGAACGAAAGGGGCCAGAGGAGCACCUACGACAUUUCGCCCGACGAGACCGUGGGCGACUUCAAGCGCCGGGUCGAGUCCCGGGAGGGGGUGGCCGUGAGCCAGCAGAGGCUGGUUUUCCAGGGCAGGCAGAUGGACGCCGGGAAACUGUCGGACUACAACGUCAAAGCGCUGAGCACCAUCAACCUGUGCCUGCGCCUGAGAGGAGGCUGAGGACACUUUCACACGGCUGAGAUAUCAGAAAGUUAUUAUGCACGAAGACGAAGCAACCUGCUUGUUUAUCUAUUUUAUUGUUUUUGUUUUUUAAUGAAUUCCUUACUUAGGAGACCGAUGUCGUGUAAUUUGUAUGUGUUGAAAACAUUUUUUAUUUUGGUUUAAUAUGUAAUCUUGUAUUCUGGUAAUAUAAGAGUUUGCCUAGUUGUUAAAAUUUGAAACGGACGAGUACAACAUGGUAUAACUAUGGUAACUGGGCAACGUAAAAAAAUGAAAUAAA